AUGCCGCUCGAUACAUCUACCACAUACCCUCUUACAAAGCUCCGCCUUGACGGUCGGCGAUGGAACGAGCUGCGAUUGAUCCAAGCGCAAAUCUCUACAAACCCCGCUAGCUCAGGGUCAUCCUACUUGGCAAUGGGAAAUACAACUAUACUAUGCUCGGUGCACGGCCCUGCAGAGGGUCGUCGGGGUGACGCGGCCGGUGGUUCUGCUGGAGGCUCGGGAGCAGUGGUGGAGGUAGAUGUCAAUAUCGCAGGUUUCGCGAGCGUUGACCGGAAGAGACGAGCGGGAGGUAGCGACAGACAAUCUGGGCGCAUUGCGUCGACACUGCGCUCUGCCUUUCAGUCGCAUCUUCACACAUAUCUAUACCCGCACAGUACGAUCAGCAUUCAUGUCUCUGUCUUGUCGGCGGACGGCUCUCUUCUCGCGGCGGCAGUCAAUGCUUGUACACUCGCCCUUGUUGACGCUGGAAUUCCGAUGCCCGGGUUGUUAUGUGGCUGUACAUCGGGCAUGAGCGGGAGUGCAUCUACGGCAAGAGACCCUUUGAACGACUUCCUGGAUCCUUUGUUGGAUGUUUCCCUUCCGGAGGAGCAGGAGCUCCCUUUCCUGACCGUCGCAACAACUACAUCAAUCCCUACCGGGGCAGACGAGGACGAUGAUGAUAUGAAGGUGUCCAUGUUGACCAUGGACUCCAAGGUCCAUCACACAUAUAUCGAAACAAUGUUGGCUGUGGGAGUAGAUGGGUGCAAGCAGAUUCGGGAGAUCCUCGAUGGGGUGAUCAAAGGGUCGAGCCGACGGUGA